UCACGCUCCACACACGCGGGGACACGCACACACACACACACGCCGUGUUUAUCUCUCUCCGGUUUCACAGCGUUUGACCGAACAGAGAGGUGAGUCUCGCGCACUGAACGGGAACACUACGGGUUUAUCAGCGCGCGCUGCUCUCCGGGGUUUCAUGGUCAAUAACCGAGCGCCCUGUGGGAUGUAGUGUGUGAUGGAGUGUGUGUGAUGGAGUGUGUCCCGUAGAGAGGAAUCACAGCAGCACCGCGGGCAUGGAGGAGAGAAUACCGGGAUUAGUACUGCUACUGCUGCUGAGCGGCGCGCGCGUCCCGGCGCAAGUCUUAACGGAACACAGGUGGGCCCUGCUGGAGAUGUCGACCAAUGGGAUUUGUCGUUACGGGAACAGAGUGGAUUGCUGCUGGGGCUGGACACGAGAGAGCUGGGGACAGUGCAGACCGGUGUGCGAGUUGGGCUGUAAACAUGGUGAGUGUGUUGGUCCAGAUCAGUGCCGGUGUCACCAGGGAUACACAGGCAAGACCUGCAACCAAGAUGUGAAUGAGUGUGGACUGAAGCCGCGGCCGUGUAAACACCGCUGUAUGAACCUGGUGGGCAGUUAUAAGUGUUUCUGUCUGACUGGCUACAUGAUGACCCACGACGGCACCUGCAGGAACACCCAGACGUGUGCAAUGGCUAACUGUCAGUAUGGCUGUGCAGUGAUGAAGGGGCAGGUCAUGUGUCAGUGUCCGUCGCCGGGGUUACGGCUUGGUCCAGACCGCAGGACGUGUGUUGAUAUUGAUGAGUGUGUGAUGGGCGUGGCUAAGUGCCCGAGGUUCCGGAAGUGUGUGAACACAUUUGGCAGCUACAUAUGCAAAUGUCACAAGGGUUUCGAGCUGCGCUAUGUCAAUGGCAAAUACCAGUGUACAGGUAAGAACAACCCCUGCCAUGAAAAGCCAGACUCUAAAAAGUGCAGAUGUAAACCUGGGACCAGGGGGUGGAGCUAUGACUGCAAAUUUGUUAUUACAGUGACUGUUGAUCCAGCCAGGCCUUUUACAACAACCCAACCUACAACUAAAAUCACCAUACAAACAGUCGCCUUGACUACCAGCCCACCAACCACAACCAAGAAACCAGCCACGACAACCAUUACUAGGACAACAACAACUUCACCAAGAACCACCACUACAGCAGCAACAACAAUGGCAACCAGUGUCUCUACAUCAACAGCACCAACCACUUUCGCUAUGACAACAGCACAAACCACUGUUGCUAGUACAGUGGCAACCACUGUCCCUACGACAACAGCACCAACCACUGUCCCUACGACAACAGCACCAACCACUGUCCCUACGACAACAGCACCAACCACUGUCCCUACGACAACCGCACCAACCACUGUCCCUACGACAACUGCACCAACCACUGUCCCUACGACAACAGCACCAACCACUGUCCCUACGACAACUGCACCAACCACUGCCCCAACGACAACUGCACCAACCACUGUCCCUACGACAAUUGCACCAACCACUGUAGCUAUGACAACAGCACCAACCACUGUUGCUAGUACAAUGCCAACUACAGUUACUACAAUAACAAAACCAACCACUGCUGCUAUGACAACAAUGCCAACCACUGUCGCUAUGACAACAAUGCCAACCACUGUCACUAUGACAACAAUGCCAAGCACCCUUGCUCUAACAACAAUGGCAAAGACUGUGGCUACAACAAUGCCAACAACCAGCACCAUGGCAACAACCACGGCACUACCCUCGACCAUACAGAUAAUCACCACUACACUGGAUAACCGCAUACAGGAGAUCACACAGAGGCCGAGGGGAGAUGUACACAUUCCGAGGAAUCCGGACCAGAACGUGUUCGAGCUGGACUUUGACGAUAUUGAGUUGGGGAACACAGCAGAUUUUGCACGUGACGAUUCAGCUCCUGGCUCUCUGAGCUGCUCUUUUGAUCAGGGUGUGUGCAGCUGGAUGACGGAUCAGGACGGAGAUCAGCGCUGGGAGACUGUAGCUGAUCCACAUGGUGGGUGGUACCUGACUGUACCAGAGCCAAAGAGAGGACGAAGUUUCAGAGGGGCACGACUCACUAUCCAUUUAGCCCCACCCACUACUCCUCCUUGGAAAGGGAGUGAUCUUUGUCUGGUGUUUAGGCACCGCCUCCAAGGGCUUCUUAUUGGCUCCUUGCAGGUGUUUGUGAAAAAGGGGUGGGGCUACAGUCCUGCAGUCUGGACAAGAACAAGCGGACAAGGAUGGCGAUACACCCAAAUCACACUGUGGGGGUGGGGCAUUGAAAGUGUGGUGUUUAAGGGAGAGAGGAGGAAGGGGCGGAGUGGAGAGAUCGCCAUUGACGAUGUGAGCAUACACAGAGGAGUGUGCAGUACCACAGGACGAGACUGACACACACACCCACCCACACACACACACACACAAACUAUGAAUUAUUACAGAGGUGACCUGAGGUUUGGACUUUAACGCUCGACCGCUGGAUCAUAACCAUGGAUACCACA